AUGGCAAAGAAAUCUCAGUUGAAAAGCCACUUGGAUGCCGAGAAAGCCAUCGAAAAGUACAACUUGAACGGCUCCACGUUUGACGUGGUCAAGGUCAACGACUUCAAAAACUACGAGUGUGCUACGCUAUGGUGGUAUUUCUACAUGUGGAUUUUGAUCUUCUUAUCGAUGAUGAUGCUUGCAGCCGAUAUCUACUCGUGUUUGAACAUCUUGGUGUUCAAGAAAUGGGGCACGGGCGACUACCAGCCCUACGCUUACUCCAUAGCAAAGUGGAUCUUCACCGGCUGCAUCAUUUUCCAGUUUGUCUUACUCAUUUACCACUGGAUCUGGGCUCUCCACAUCUACAGAACGAAAAACAUUGCCUUGGUCUACUUGAACUCAAUUUGCAAAAAGCUCUACUCCAUCAAGUCGUACCCGUACUUUUGCCUUCUCAUGGGCAUUGACGAGGGAAAGUUCUUUGACUCGUGCUGUUUUUUAACCUACUAUGAGCUCGACAAUGCGGCCCAGGUCUUGAUUGCCGAUACCCCGAGACAAGUGAUCAACAUCUUGACUUUGAGAUACUAUGCCACUGGCGGCGAGUUGAACAAUGACAUCUUGAACAACAUCAAGACCAUCGGGCAGACCAAUGUGCAGCUUUCGGUGGUUCUAAGCCUCAUGUGUUUGUCAUUCAUCAUUUUUGCAAUCUUUUUCUGCAAGUUCGUCUUUGGCAUGAUCAUGUAUGCCCCCUUGAAAUGGUGUCUCCGAAAAGAAAAAUACAACAGCUUCAAACCUUAUUGCUGUUCUCUUGUCAACAAGUCCGUUUCGCGCGCGGUGAGGCUACACCACAAGUCCAAGAGAGAGUUGCUUGACCAGGGUAUAUUAUCGGCGGAAAGAAUUGCUAAAAUCGCCGAGCUCGACCAUAAGCCGCUGGACUUUAAGGACUACACCCGAGCAUUCACGAGGGAGUAUUCGGAUGAAAGCAUACCCAUGCGCAAUUUCGAUGUCAAGUCGCAUCCAACUACCGAAUCGUUGAGGCCCAAUGAAGGCAGGCCGUUUUUGGAACUGCAGCCUUCGUUUGAUCAACUACAGGACCAACAACAACAACAAAUGAUGUAUUCGACUUUGGGCAAUGAACGCGGCCCGAUAAUGAAUAAACGGCUAAGCUCGUUGAAUGAUAAGUCCAGAAUGAAUAACAACUACAACAACUACAAUAACGACAAUAACAACAUUCGACUGAAGCGAAUACGCGACUCGGAGCUCCAAGACAUGGCAAAUUCCCACAACUCGGCAGCAGCAGAUGCUCCAUACUACAGCUUGAGACAGGCUUCCAACAGCUACUUGUUGGGCAAUGAAUCGCGCAAUUUCAGCGACGCAACCACCCGCGAGGCACCGAGCAAAGCCGCGCGUGCCUAUACCCCGCUCAAGAACUGGGAGCUGGAAAUUGAAGAUCUUCCACUUGAGUCAGUCGAGUCACUCCCGGCAUCACUCACCAACCACUCGUUCCAACAUUCAAAUGAGAUUGACUUUGAUCAUGACCUUUCCAGCGAACAUUUGGCUGACUUCACAGGCGAGCGAGAUUUAUCUUCGGAGAACAUAUUCAAUGACGCAUUCCCACCACCACCACGAGGGACACUACAGAAGGCAUCAACUGAGCAGUUCAAUCAUACAGAUGCGCCACCCAAUGCUAGAGUGCUGCGAUCUUUGACCGAUACACUCGCUUAUGCCCAAACGUCAAACCUAGCAAGGAAGAAACCGUUCCCGUUGGUGGAAGAAGACCUUUUCUCAUUUGAAGAGCCGCAGACUGUUGAAAGUGAAGCCAAGGUAGAGCUAGAAUUAGAUUCAGAAACAGAACUAGAAACACCGCAAAGUGCCGAGUCGCGCAGUUUGGACAUUAUAGACGCAUACAAUGAGGAACGACAGCAAGAGCAGCAACAACAACUCGAGGACGACGAGACAAUUAAAAACGUGCAGGACAUAGAAGACGACGAAAACGACGAAAACAACCAAACCAGCUUACCGUAUCCCGUCGACUUUGGCGAAGAAGAGGACGAUGAUGAUGAUGAUGAUGAUGAUGAUGCCAACGACAACGUGCCGUACCCCGUGCGUGGAGUCUCGAAGUACUUUGAACGACCUUAA